CAUUCACUGGUAGGAUUUCGGGGAGUAAAUUUUGAGUUAAUGGGUAUUGCUGAUAAAACGGAAGGUAUGCAUGUAUUUUACCACUUUAGAGUUAUUCUUGAACGUGGGAAGCAUCAUACCGUCGGAAAAGUAAUUCACAAAACACUCGGUGUUGUUAUUCAUGCAUCUACGCAGGAAAAUGCAAUUAACGAGAGACUCUACAGUACUGUGGAUGUAUCUGCUGCAGAAAAUAUAGGUCGAAUCCUC